AUGGAAUUACUAAAGAGAGAGGAGCCAUUCUUUCAUCAUUUUCUAUCAAGUGGAAUAGGCCUAUUCAGUGAGUAUGGUUACAACUUGGAGAGUGGAGUGUGCAACCAUGGGUUUUUUAUGAUGGCUCCCAAUCGUUGGUGUCCUCAAACUAAGACUUUGCAGCGUCCUCUUCGCCUGUCAGAUGGCACCACCUCUGUACUUGCUUCUAUCACUCACACUCCUGAUAAGCCUUAUGUUAGCAUCAAUGUUUAUGGGGUUGAGCACCUUUCUGAUGAGGACGCCGCACUCAUUGAGAGCAAAGUUAAUCGAAUGCUAAGGCUAACAGAAAUAUUGGAAGAAUUCCAUAAAAAACACCCAGAAGCUAAGAAGAAAGCAUUUGGUCGGCUCUUUCGAUCACCUACUCUUUUUGAAGAUGCUGUCAAGUGUAUUCUCCUCUGUAACUGCACGUGGAAGAGGACAUUGAGUAUGGCUGAAGCUCUUUGCAAACUUCAACCUCAACUUGCUUCUGUGUUAGAGUAUGAAACCAGCAAAGCUAGAAAACAAGGAAAAAGAUUUGAACCACAUGCAGGACCUGUACUCAAAGGAAAAACUAGAUUCAAGGUUAAUAAUAAGCGUGCAAAACUCGAACCAAAUCCAUCAUUGGAAGGAAUGGCUAAUUUUCCAAGCUCCAAAGAACUGGCUCUGGUGGAUGUUGAUUAUUUAAACAUGCGCUGCAAUCUUGGCCAUAGAGCAAAAACUAUUAUUGAUUUAGCUGUAUCUGUUGAGAGUGGAAAACUAAAGCUUAAAGAGCAUGAGAGUUCUGUUCUAACAAUUGGAGGCGUUGAUGAUUCACAUGUGGACAUAAGCAAUCAACUUAAGAAGAUUAAAGGGCUUGGUCCUUUUACUUGUGCGAAUAUAUUGAUGUGUAUUGGAUUUUACCAUCAAAUUCCAACAGAUACUGAAACAAUCAGGCUUGUAAGAAAGUUACAUGGCAAGGAAAAUUGCACAAGAAAGACCAUUCAAAAUGAUGUCAAAGAAAUUUAUGGCAAGUAUGAACCAUAUCAAUGCUUGGCAUACUGGUUUGAUCUUUUGAAUGACUAUGAGAGCAUGUUUGGGAAGCUAAGUGAGUUGUCUAAUUCUAACUAUCAUACUGUCUCUGGAAGUAUUAAAUCCAAGGAAAAUGUUACUGAAAGUAAUAAUGGAGAAUUAAAUUGA